AGAGUAAAAAAAUAUCUGAAGUGGCCGGGGCUAAAUGCUUCUGUUGAAGAAAAAAAAUGCGGAACGUUAGAAAAAUGCAUGUCUUUAGAUAAAAAAUGUAAAAAAGUACUUCUAUGAUAAAGCAAAAUGAGUGUUGAGUCCAGUAGCACAAUGCAAGAGGUGUAGGGCCUCCUACUGUUCCACAGUGGGGUUUGUAAUCAUAAAAAUAGUGACAAAUGUAUUUCUGAAAAUAUAAAACAAAAAUGUCGCUCCCUCUCUUUUGUCUUUUUGAUAUUUACGAGUGUUUAUGAAUGUUAUCUGGAUUCUGUUAGGUUGUAAUAGUUUAUUUUGAUAACAUGUGCAGAGGUCUUAUGCUUUAAAUUAAUACAUAUAGAAAGAUAUUAUAAUAGGAAAUAUUAGGGAGAAUAUUGAUAUUGUUAUUAAUGUAUUAUGAAGCAUAGGGGUAAUGUUUACUCUAUCCAAAUGUAAAUGGCAAGAAUUAAUGUAUGUUGCAUGAGAGUGACUAUGCUAGUAUUAAAGAUUGACGAAGCCGCUUGAAAUCCGUGAAGUGACUUACAAUAAUAGACGGGACUUUUAUUGUGAAAAUACUUGUUUAGUGACUUGACCGGAAGUGACGUUUUGACCCGGGGUUCAGUGACAUUCGACCCCUCCAUUGUUCUAGCGGCACUUUGAACCAAUCACUAGCUGUUAAAGGCUGGACUGAGGAUUGGCUGAUUUUGAGUCUAAGACUUUGUGGAUUAGAGAUAGCGCUCUCUUCUGAUGGACCCCGGGCUUCAGGCUGGACCUGAGGAGCCGGGACCGAUGAAGACCACGAUCUCCAUUGUGAAGAACGGCAAGCAGGCCAUGGUCCUUUUCUCCCUGUCGGUCACCGGCAUGAACCAGGGCGUGAUGAUCUCCAACCGCCACGGGCGUCCCCAGCGCUCCGGCAGCGAAAUCCCCGGGGAGGGCGGCGGAGGCGAGGAGGCGGAGCCGCCGAGGAGGAGACGCUCCAGGCUGCCGGAGGAGUGCACGGAGGAGAAGAAAUGCUGUUCCACGUGCGUGUGCAAGCCCAUCGCCGCCGACACCAUCGACAUCUACGCCCGGGCCGUGUUCCCCUUCACCUUCGCCGUGGUGAACGUGAUCUACUGGGUGGCGUACACCAUGUGAAGAUUGAGGCGGCAGGUCUGAGCCAAAAAUGGCCGCCGUGCAGCCGGGCUGUGUGUCAGAAACUGUUUGCUGGAGUCGUGCCACUUCAAUGCCGGCAGACUGGCGCAGCUGAAAUAUACUGCAGGAAAAAUUCAAAAAAAUAAACUUCAGAAGACACGUGAAGUGAUACGGCCGUCGAAUAUGGAGACAUGCUAGUAAUGGAGGUAGAUUUAAAAAGUGUUAACAGGACUUCAUAUAUUCAAAUGGGCAGUAGAAGUGCAAAGGACCGUGUUGGCUGUCGCAGGUUUACAUAAACCGUGAGUUCAGUCCACGUGUGGACAGCAGAACAACCACGCUCUGCUCCGACGCCCGCGGCGCCGACCACGAGCCGCGCACGAGCGUCACUUUAUAUAAUGUAGUUGGCAAAGCAACAAUCUGGAGCCAGCCGCCUGUUCUCUUGAAAACCAAAAUGCGCCGCCCAAACUAGAAAGGAUAACAAGAUGAGGUGAACUACUAUUUCUGCAUGGCUGAUAGCUCACCCCCCCCCCUCCUUCUUUUCCUCUCCUGCCUUUUGGGUCCUCCACCCAUUUUCUUUACAAUUCUUUUUUUUUCUCAGGACACUGUCUGGAGGGUGUCUUAUCUCCCUCUGCCAGUUCUGCCUCCCCCCCCCCCCACCAUUAAAGGACUUCUUCAAACUACA